CUGAACGGUGCACAGUAAGAGUUGUCCAAUCAUCCGAGCCGUUUGGGAGCCGCUGAGCCAAGAGCACUUUCAGCCGGUUAACAAAUCGAUUUCUGGAUUUAUGCACAUUUUUGCAACCGAAAAGGAUAAUCGCAAUCGACAUCAACAAGUGGAAUAAUCCCCCACCCGACCAAUAAAAUAAACGGAAGUUUUAAGUGACGUUCGAAAAGACUGGAUUUAUAGUGUACGUUCGCAAGUUCUUCAGCUCAGUUCUAAACCAAGUGCUUUAGUGAGAAAGUUUUGAGGAAAGUCCGUUGAAGACAUUAAGAAAAGUGUUAAUUUUUUAUCGGUAAUAAUGUGGAGGACUGUGAUAGUAUUAGGAUGUUGUGUGGGAGCCGCAUUCACAUCGCCACUUGGAGCUAAGGAUAUACCAAUGGUAGAUGACGAAUUAAUUAGUAGAAAGACUGAAAUAGCUAUGUCGACACUAAACCUACCAAGUAACGCUACAUCGAUACGUGCCGACAUCACAGACAGAUUCAAUUGUGAUGGCAGAUUGUAUGGCUACUAUGCAGAUAUCGAAAAUGAUUGCCAAAUUUUCCAUGUGUGUUUGCCAGUAACAUUUCCAGAUGGAAAGGAGAAUGUCUUCCGGUGGAGUUUUAUCUGCCCUGAGAACACAUUGUUUAGUCAGGAAUCCUUUACAUGCGUUCGUAGUUUAGAUAUGGGCUUUCCUUGUGCUGAUUCAGUGCGGUUCUAUGAUCUCAAUCGAAACUUCGGCGUUGCACCUGAAAUGGAGAUGGAAAGGCAUGACUUACGAAAAGAAGCCUCGAUUGAUGCAGAAAAAAUGCAACAAGAGUCGAAACCAGUUUUAUCAACAACGACUUCUGUACCCUUGCCAACGAAAAGGCGUACGGGAGAAACGAACUAUAGACGACAACCCACCAAAGCUGCUGCUACUGCAGAUCCAAUCGUUAAGGCCAAACCCACUAGAUUCAGACCCCAAACUACCGCAACCCCUAUUGAAAUCAAACCUGUAUUGAAUAGAAAUCAAUAUAUCGCCAACCAUGCAGUCAAUGGUUUAAGGAAAACACCAGUUCGACCAAUCCCUCCGAAAGAACAACUGAAGCCCAUCGUAGAAGACAGCGAAACACAACUUAGAGCCGAACAGAUGCCUGUUGUUGAAGAAGAAGUUAAAAAAGUGUCACUACAACCAGUAGAGGUUGUACCAGUGGAAAAUCAUGACAUUCCUGAAGUUACAGAAGCUGCGAAACAGGAAUUGCCACUUGAGUCUGACAAACCCAUUGAACAAAUUCCCAUUGAAGAUAAUAUGACUAAACUCAUUACUCCUGCAAAUGCACCUGAAACCAAUCUCUUAUCUGAACAACCUUCAAAACCUUUCCUGGAAACAGAAUCAAAUACAAAGGCUUCGUUAGAGGCAGCUGUUGUUCAACUCCUUGAUGAGAUGCCUCAAGCUGAAGAUGAAAAGAAAGAGCAGGUGCCCAUGCCUGAAUUGCUUCCGGCAUCUGCCGAUAGUGAAAUGUUAAAAGUAUCAGACGAUUCGACACAGGCUGUAAUUGAAACUAAAUUGACUCAAGAAAUGGCAGCUCAAUCAGAUGAUAGCUUUCCAACACUGACAUCAGCAGCUGCACCUGCAGAAAAUAUGAUGGAAACAAGUGCUAGUAUUUCUGAAGACAACAAACCUCUCCUUCCUAUGGAUAACACACGCGCAGAAGAAGAUCAAGCCUCUUUGUCCUCCACUGUUCAGGAAAUGCAGCCUCAGACCGAAGAAGCGCCACUAAAGCCAGACAUGAGUUUGCCACAAUCUGAAGAACAAUUGAAGCUGGUGGAAGAGCCAACUCAAGCCCCGGAACCUGCACUUCCGUCGGUAGUAGAAAUUCAGGACCCAGUAGUUUUGCACGUUUUGAAAGCUGAUGCUGAAAGCUCGGAAUCAGUUAAGCCAGCAGAAGAAACAGCGCCGAAGGGUGAGGUUGUUUCGCAGCCCAUAUUAGAUGAGUUUAUUCCAGAACUUCCAAAAAGUGAAGCUCCUAUCAAAAAAUUAGACCAAGAAAUACUUGCUGCAGAGAUGGCGGAAAAGGAACCCGAACAAAUGUUAAUGGAUGCAGAACCAGUACUCCCUAUCGAAAGUGAAAUGCCAGCAGAAGCAUCACAAAUGAAAGACGGACUUGAAGAACAAGUUAAAAUUGACGAAUUAGCUGAAACACCUAAAGAAAGUGGAGAAGAAUUGAAAUCUAAUAUUGAUGCGCUUCCAAAAGAACCAAGCUUACCAAAUGAAGAUGAAAUGUUAAAAGAAUCAUCGCCAAUGCCGGAAAGUAACCCAGAGAUAAUGGAAAAUAAUCCAGAGAUGCCAAAAAGCGACUUAGAAUUGUCCAAAGAGCCUCAAAUUUUAAGCCAAGAAUCCGGAGCUGCACAAGAGGAUGCCAUGCCAAACAUGGACGCACCCAAUAAUGAAUUACCGCUAGAAACAUCCGAAAUCUUGAAAAAGGAACCGGCCUUAUUGAAGAGCGAAAACGAAGCGCCUACAGCCGAUGCAGCACCUAGCAAUGAAUUGCCACUUGAAGCUUCCGAAAUGUUGAAAAACGAUCCUGCUGUUCAGCAAACUGAAAACGAAGCGCCUGCUGCCCAAGAAGUGUCCAGGGACGAAUUGCCACUAGAAGCAUCACAAAUUUUGGAAAAGGAACAAGCAGUACUGCAAAACAAAAACGAAAUGCCUGCUGCGGAAGCCGAGACGAUCAAAGACAGACUAGAAGAGCCCCAAGAAAAACUAGAUAUUGCAAUGUCAGAGGAAACCAAAGGAAAGCUAGAAAACCCAGAACUUGAUACACUAAAAAACGAUCCAGCUCUAGAAAUGACCUCAGAAGAACAGAAAAAUGACAUAAUCAAAACGAUUUCAAGCUUAGUGACGCUAGCGACACAAGACACUAACAUGCAACAGCUCUUCCCUACAGGGACAUCGGUGAAAUCAGUUGAAGUUGCCGCCGAAACUCCUGCGAUGGUUCAGGAACUUAAUGAAGCUCCAGCAGAUAUGCUUGAAACGUCAUCUCCCUUAGCAGAUAUGAACACAUUAAUGGCGGCACCUGCAUUAUUAGAUGAUCACAUGAAAUCCGAACUUCCCAUGUUCAUCCCUGUUCAAGUUAUCACUGAUAGUGAACCGUUAAAACAGGAAAUUAACUUGCUCCAGGCUCAGUCCGUAAAUGAAUUGAAAAAUCAUUUAGAUGAACAUAUAAAAGAGGCGCAGGCGCCAAGUGAAGGGAAUUCGAACGAUUUGGAAAAUCUUGGGACCAAAGUAGCUACAAGUGAUCCAAUUGUGGUAGAAAGUCCCCCCGCAGAAGAAAUGAUCGUUAAAAAUUUGGAACCUGUAAUUCCUGAGAAAGAAGUGACUCAAGUGAUGCUUGAAACUGAGCCAGUUGAAAUGAAAGAUAGCCUGGGCGAAGCUGAACCUGUAGCUUUGAAAGCGGAAAUUUUACCAGUGCCCGAAGAAGAAGUGAAGAUCAUAGAGGAUCAACCUAAUGUCGAGCUGGAAUCUGCCCAAAUUGCUGAACCAAUACAAUCGCCAAAGUUAGACCAGUUGAAGCCAGAAGAACCAUCGCUGCCCAUGCCUGAGCUUAGUAAAGAUACAUUGUCUCAAGAAAAACCAGCUGAAGAAAUGCCAGCUCAAGAAAUGCAAGACUCGCCAACAGCAGAAGCUAAACGCUAUUAUCAACAAAUCGUCGAAUUAGCCUCAAGUUUAGUCAAGGGCGAAACCAUGUCGGCAUCGGCUGAAGAUCAGCCAGUGGUUCACGACCUCGAUGAUUCAGCAAAAGCGGAGAACGAUGAGCUCUCAGCGACUUUUUCCAAAAGCGCCCCAGCUGAUGAUGAUCUCGGUGGAAUUCAGGUGGCUAGCGAUGAUCGUGCCCAAGAGCUCCCCGCACCUGCGGAACCGAUCGACGAGGGGGAAAAACAAGAUGAUCUUAUGAAUAAUAUUCUUCGAAUUGUCGCCGCGGAGAAGAUCGGCGAAUUAGUUGAGCGCACCGAUCUACCCGACGCCGGAGCCGCCAACCGAAUUGAUCUGGCCCGCAGUCUGCAGAGGAAGAUCGAUCCAAGAAAACGUAGAUUUCUUUUCAAAUCAGCAACAAAUACCAGAUAAGAAGAGCAUAAUGAAGUUCGUGUAAUUUUAUUAUUUUUAUUAUUACUUAUAAUAAUUAUAAUUAUUAUCAUCAAGUGCCAAGAAAUGACAAAUUGAUAGGCUACUUUAGCUAUUGUGGCGAUCUGGCCACUUUGCGUGUCAAUAUCAUAUUAUUCCAAUAACUUUGGUCUGAAGACAAAGUUAAGGUUGACUCACAGCACCUUAGCGUGCUCUUUUAACCUUAACUUUGCCAGCUCCCUUUGCAAUUUAUUAUGUGCUUUUUAGGUGUCCAAUAAAUUAUUGAUUUUUAAAUAUA